AUGAAAACGAUAUUUGUUACAUGUGGUGCUACGGUCCCUUUCCCUGAUCUAAUAAAUUCGAUCCUAAGUAAGAAUUUUAUUGACUGUGCUGUGGAAAAUGGUUUUACACGUAUAAUUGCUCAAAUUGGUAAUGGUUAUACAGAAACAUUAGUUAACCAAGUUGCCAAACUAAGCAUGGCGGACGAUUAUAUGUGUCAUGUGAUGGCAGAUGAGUUAGGUUGUAACUCUAUAGCCAGCUCAUUUAAAUUCGAAUCAAAUGGUUUAGAGUUCAUCGCGAUUGAGUAUUCUUCCAAGAUCGAGGAUCUAAUCACUAUACAUGGGGACCUAGUGAUAUCGCAUGGUGGGACUGGUUCUAUCUUAGAUUCAUUACGAUUAAGGAAACCUUUGAUCGUAUGCGUUAAUGAUAACUUAAUGGAUAAUCAUCAACAACAAAUUGCUGAUAAGUUUGAAAAUUCAGGAUAUAUAGUUUCAUGUACAGCCACACCCUCGUCAUUAACGAAAAGUUUGACUACAAUACAGGGUACGACCCUUAAACAAUUUCCUACAGCACAUAAUGUCAUAUUUGAACAAAAAUUAGUAGACAUAGCAUUUUCCUUUUAA